AUGGAAAAUCCAAUAUGGACCGCGGAAUACCAGCAAUCCGUGCCGACAGAUCUCGAAACCACAGAUAGUCAUUUAAACAAUGGUACCAGAGAAAAUGGAGAGGACGGCGAAUGUUUCAACACCGAAAAAGAGGACGUCAAGGAUUUAAUAAAAAACGAAUUCGAAAAGGAUCCGGAACUCAUCACCAUCAGCGACCAAGCGAAACAGAUAAUAUCCUCGAUACUGGAACAAAUGAAAUGUCUAUCCAGAGUCGAGAAGUACCUUCUAUUUUUGAAGCUCUCCGCAGAAGUGACGAGCACCGUCGAUCCGUUUAGGCAACCGUUGAAUCCUCUCGGCAGCAGAUCGGAAAUUACCAAAACGAUAUCAUGGAUUAAAACCCACCUGGAAGAGGAUCCGGACACGUCGUUGCCCAAGCAGGAGGUCUACACUGAAUAUAAUGAUUAUUGCGGUCGUAACAGCAUAAAACCCUUGUCACAAGCGGAUUUCGGGAAAGUCAUGAAACAAGUCUACCCAGCAGUCAGAGCUAGAAGAUUGGGCACCAGAGGAAAUUCCAGAUAUUGCUAUUCGGGGCUCAGAAGAUGCGCUCAAUUGAAACCACCCGCUUUGCCCGAUCUAGGCGAUAAACCGAUGUCCACGGAAGUUCCUUUUACCCAAGCGAAUCUCGCAUCGGUAGCUUGGCUGAUCGUAAAGGAAUGGUCCGAGCAACUAUUGAGCCAGCAAUUCUCCACCAUCCAAAAUCUGGCCUAUCAUUUGAUCUUGCACCACUCCAUCGGGAAAGGAUCGGAGGCGGCCUCGAAGAUUUCAUCGGCCGGCAAAGCCUUGCAAAAAGCGGAGGAAUGCUCGGAGAAGCUGCCAAGCAAGCACAGAGAACUCCAACUGCAGUUACAGAGGAAGAUCCAGCAGAAGAGCGAAGGGAAAGAGAAGAGGAAAAGAACGCAGUCCCCGAAGACCGAGCACAAACCGAACCCGAAGAAGAGUCGCUCGCAGAGCGUUCCCGCUCCGAUCGCCAUCUCGAUCUUGUCUCCGACUUCUACGACAACCAGCGACGGGGCCAAUUUGAAUUUGAAUUCGAACGCUUCGAGGGGCGAAUGCGGCAGCAGCACGGCGAGCAGCAGCACCAGCACGAGCCCCACUCAGGCGAAACCUAUCUGUGAUAAAACACUAGAUUUCACUCAGCUACCAGUGUUACCUGACUUCAAUAGUUUUCAGAAGCCGGCGGCAGAUGGCGUCGGCGGCACUGCGGAACAGGAACAAGGGAUGAUGGUUUGCAAUAAGAUUCCGGUGACUAGAAUCCAGCCGGUGCCGCCCGUGUUAUUAAGAAAGGAAACAAAGUACAAAACGCUCCGGUCUCGACUGCACCAAUGUGAUAUUGUGUCGUACAACCCUCAAUCUCUGCCCGCAAUGCAAUUGCCGGUGCAGAUCGAGGACAACAGAUCUCAAAACGUACAAGAUAUAGCUAGGAUUAAGCGAAGAAACAGUGAUGAUGAAUGUGAUGUGCCCGAUUUUCCGCUCACCCGCGAGCGACUCAACAGCGUCAGUAACGUACCCAAAGAUUCAAUGGACGAGUAUUUGGGUAAAAACAACAGCCAACACGAAGAGGAACUAUCGAAAUAUUUCAACAACAACAUCGCUUUGGAAACCGAAGAUACGACGAAAUUGUCGACGCUCAGGCAACUGCUGGUGCAGAACAUAGACAAAGGCGUACCGGCCAAUUUCGUCAACAGGCUAAUGGAAGCGAAGUUAUCGAACAACUUGCACCAACUACCCGUACAAAACGACUACAACUUCAUCAAUCAAACACCGUCGCAGGGCUUAGUCACCAGCAGUUCGACCAACAUCAAACGCAGGGUGAGCUUCGAAACGCCCCAUUCGGAGGACUCGAUCCCGGCGAGUCCGAACACCCGCCGGAAACAUUUCAGCUUCACUCCGAUAUCGCCCGGACCCCAAUCCCCUUCGCAUUCGAAAUGCUCCAGCACUUCAGCGAGCCCGUUCGUAAGCCCCCGGAACACUCCGGUGCCUCGAAACAAGCCCAUACUCAAAAGCGACGCGAAGAAACCGGCGAAAAUCAAGCGCGAAAUCGAUCUAACGGUGGAGAUCAAUAAAAACCAGUUCCCGAUGUCCGCUCCGGUGAGUCCGAUGACGAGCAACAAAUCGGUGUUGCACGAGUUAUUGAAUUCUUCGAUGAAGGUUACUUACAAUCCGAGUUACUCCACGAGGAAUCUACCGGUUCGAGCCGAUGCGAAUUUCGCGAAUUCGAAUUUCGAUGGGAAUUUGGAGGGUUUCAGAUCGAGAUCGGUGCCGUUGCGCGACAUGAUCGCCCCGUUACAACACAACGAAUUCUCCGAAAUCGAUCCCAUCCACGAAUCGGACAACGAGAAGGUUAAACAAAUCCUCAAAUCUCUCGAACCGGUCGAUGAAUUACCUUCGAACAACGCGCAACCGCGCGAAUUGGGCUUUAAUUUCUUCAACAACAACAUCGACAACGGGGAGUUUUCGCAGGCGGUGCCGUCUCGUUCGGUGCCCAACACGCCGUUGCAUUUCGCCGGGCCCCCGAAGGGGCCCUACAGCAAUUCGCGCUCGUAUCCGUCCACGCCGUUGAAUUCGUCGCAGACUUUCACUUAUAACAACGGUACGGGGGAUUGUCGCGAUUGCCUGUUGAACGGGCAGCCCGUUUUGGACGGGCUCGAUUUGAAUUUCGAGAUGAACGGCGACGAUUCGACGGGCAUCGGGCACGAUAAGGUGUUUAGCAUCGACGACGAUUUCGAUGUGGUGGCUAGCGAUAUCGAUUCGGGUCUGAUCGAUUCGAAUUUCAUGAGGAACAUCGAGUAG